GUAUAAAGAAAGACACCGCUCCUCCUGGGAACACCUCUGUGGAUAAGCUUCUCUAUCACUCUCUCUCUCUCUCUCAGUUCAAUUGGAUAGGCGGAAAGAAAGUCAGUGGCGGCGUCUUUCAAAUGGAGGUCACAAAUACCAGCAGCAGCAGUAUCAUGUGGUUCUUCAGGGACAAAGGUUUCGAUGAUCCGAGCAUCGACAAGAUGUUGAGAAAGUGCAAGCAGUUGGACAAGGCCCAAAGCGAAGUGGCAUCUGAGAACUGGGACUACCUGAGAAACAUCGUUGGUAUCCAGGAGAGAAAACUCCCUUACAUCGUCUCCCGAUGCCCCAAAAUCCUUACUUUACGCCUCGAUGAGAGGCUCAUUCCCAUGGUCGAGUGCCUCUCCAGUCUUGCAAGGAAUCCUCGGGAAGUUGCUUCCGCCAUUACCAAAUUUCCUCCUAUACUCUCUCACAGCGUGGAAGAGAAACUCUGUCCCCUUCUUGCUUUUUUUCAAGCCUUGGGUGUGCCUGAGACUCAACUUGGCAAAAUGAUACUUUUCAACCCGAGGCUUAUCAGCUACAGCAUCGACACCAAGCUCACAGUGAUGGUCAGCUUUCUUGCUAGUCUUGGCCUUGACCAAGAUGGGAUGAUCGGCAAAGUCCUUGUCAAGCACCCAUUUCUUAUGGGGUAUAGUGUUGAUAAGAGGUUGCGGCCUACCACUGAUUUCUUGAAAUCUUCCGUUGGUCUCACUGAGGAUGGCAUCCAGUCGGUGGUCAUGAAUUUUCCACAACUUGUGUGCAGAGACGUUACCAAGGUUCUCAAACCAAAUUAUGAUUAUCUGAGGGAGUGUGGGUUUGGAGAUGCCCAGAUAGCAAUCAUGGUGUCUGGUUAUCCCCCUAUUUUGAUUAAGAGUAUUAAGAAUUCACUACAACCUAGGAUCAGAUUCCUAGUCCAGGUGAUGGGAAGAGGCAUUGAUGAAGUGGCUUCUUAUCCUGAAUUCUUUCACCAUGGAUUAAAGAAGAAGGUAGAAUCACGGUUUAAACUUGUCAAAAGGAACAACAUUGUCUGCAGCCUUAGAGAAAUGCUCGACUGUAGCACAAAGAAAUUUCAUGACAAGUUUGGCUUUUCAGAGGUAACUGCAUCCUAUGCAAGCCUUUAGCUUUAUCUCUCUCUAGUUUUCCCCUUCAUCAGGCUCUCUCUCUCUCUCUAUCUCUCUGUAACCUAUGUUCAGCUUGUGCUCGAAUUUCACUUCACUGGUUGUGAUAUCAAUAGAGUGUUUUCCAGAUA